UUCGUCCAAUAAUCUGUUCCUUUCUUGAGACCAAAACUUUUUUGAAUUUUGUCGGUUUCACGUUUUCUUGGAGUCAUUUCAAUCCCUUGCAUUUCAUUUUGUGCCACAAUGCAACUAAUUAUCGUCUAAAAUGGAUGGAAUUGAUAAGAAUAGUGAUAAAACAAUAUUCAAAGUGAAAUUUCUUGGUGAAUAUCAUGAUGUUGUCAUCGAUUGGUCAGAUGAAAGUCAUGAAUAUAAACAAGUACAAUUAUUUAAACAGCUGGAAUCAAUAACUGGAAUCGCUAACAAACAUAUAUGGCAGGUUAAUUUUUUCACAGAUCAGGAUAUAUUCAUUACAGCAAAUCCAGACUCUGAAUUUUUUGGUGCAAUUACCGAAUAUGUCUUACCAAAGGACUUUACGAAAGACAGGAUCUCAACCAAUACAUUCAUGAUGACGAGAUCUUGGUUUUAAGCUAUUUCCCAGUUUACGAAUCCCAUGUAGUCAAUAAUUAUCUUUAUGGUUAUUAUGAAUUAACGAAAGAAAUCAUGAUUCGUGAAGGAGUUUGUUCCAUGAAUGGUCGCUACUGUCCACAUAUUGAGUCUAGAACUGUUUUCAACAAAGUGAAAUACGUCUUCUCGGAUGAAUUUCAAGCAAAAAUUAUUGAUCGUAUUGGCUCAUCAAAUAUUUUUCCUGUAGAAAGAUUUCUCAUGGAAUUCAAUGUACAACAAUAUUUCAGAUUGGGUUGUACAGAAUAUCUUAGACGCUGGCUAGGGCCAGUUAGAGUUAGGCUUUAUCUAAGAACUCGUGGUUAACAA